AUGUCUGAAAUGCCUCGCGAUAUUAAAGAAAGUUUUAAUUCACUUGGUCGUGCUGUUGGUAAUAGAAUAGCUGCUCGCCUUAUAUUUAGAUGUUUAACACCAGCAGCUAGAAGUAUGGUUUGUGCAUUAUCAAUAGAAAGAGAUUUGAUUAGCGAUGCCUGUGAAGAUGCUAUUCAUAAAAUCUCCGAAGAAGAAAAAGAAAACCAAAAUAUCAUGGUUCCAUUGUUGACUUCAUUAUCAGCAUCACAAGCACGUAAUCAUGCAAAUCAAUUAACCUCAAAUGAACUAUAA